AUGGAUGUUGAUGACUCUGAAAAGAUUCCUGAUGUUGGUCAGGAUGUUGAUCCAGAAGAAAGCACAGAUGUGAUUGAUGUUGACACCUUUGUUCCUGACAAGAAAAGCCGAAAACGUAAAGCUGGAGUAGCCUCUCUCAGGCGGUCCUCAAGGUCAAAAUCCACACGGGUGAUCCCUUCUACUCUCAAUCUUCCUAGCAGAGAAGACAGUGAUGUUGGUCCAACAUCACAGCCUCAUGUUCUCAAGCCAAAGGUUGAACAUUCUCCCAACUCUAAGAGUGGAAAGGUAUCUUCUGCCUCUCACACUACCUCCCCUCGCAUCAGCUGCUCUGGAAGCUCCUCUGAAUCAGAGGUUGAGGUUAGUAAGUCGUACUCCACUCAUUUUUACACUCGUGAAGCAAAGAAUGCUCUCAAAGUGUUGGCUGCUAGGAAGUUUCAUAAUGAUAGACGUGCGGAUGAGGAUUUCUUUUCAAAGUAUAAGCUUGAUAUCCUUUUGCAAGAUAGGGGUAUGUGGGGUAAGGUUGUUAAUGUGUUUCCCUAUGAUGCUGAGAUUGUUAGGGAGUUCUAUGUUAAUCUGAUGACAGAAGCUUUUGACCCAAAAUCUGUUAAGUUUGGGAAAGUUUUUGUUAGGGGUAAGGUCUUUGAUUUCUCCCCAACUGCCAUUAACAAAGCAUGUUACACUGCGAAUACCAACACUGAUGAUGUUGAGAUUGCAGUUUACAACUGGCUUCCAAGCAAAAACACUACUGCUCUAACCAAGGAACAAGCUGAAUUUAUCUUUAAAGUUGGUAAGCCUCUGGCUUUCAACUUUGGUGAGCAAGUGUUUGCUAACAUCUCUCGUGCAGCCUUUAAAUCCACAGGUGGAAGUAUGCUUCCCUUUCCCAGCCUCAUCUACAAUCUCUUGGUUCAGCAAAAACUUAAGGAGAGAGAGGAAAUUGUGCUUGUUGAAGAGAAGAAUCUACUUGAGUUUUCCAAAACCCUCCUCACUCCUGAUCGUGUCAAAGAUCUCCCCUACGAACCUCCACGUGCUGGUCCUACCUUGUCUCCUCAGCCUGAUGAUGAAGCUGACUCUGCUGAAGCUGAGAUUGACAUGUAUGGUGAAGACGAAGAUGUUGAUCGUGCGACUACUCCUGAUGUUGCACUUGAUGUUUCCAACAUCAUUUCUGUCAAAGCACAUCUCACUAGAGAAACAUCCACAUCUCGUAAAGGCAAGGAACCAGCUGGAGAUUCAGAAGUUGAGAUUGAUCUUGAUGUUGCAGAGCUCAUCAAGGCCAGAGAGGAUCUUCUCAAGCUCAAAAGACAAGUGCAGUUGAUGGUGGAUCGGACGAUCAAGAUGGGACAGGACAUGCUUGCCCGGGUCGAAUGUUGUGACCAAGUCUUCGCCAAACUCCUACCUUUUCCUUCUUCAACAAAAAAGGGGGAGUAG